AUGCAAGCCUCCUGGGUCCACCCAUCAUGCGGACCCUGUGCGAAACACUUACAGAGUGGUCGGUACUACUGCAGUGACUGCAGAUUCAGCCGGUCAAUACCGCAUCAAUCAGAUCAGUUUCCUAAGCACAGAGGAGCUCGAGAUAAUAAUUUUGUGAGCAUACAUCCUACAAAGUUAUUUGUUCUAACGGUAACCUUUGCCUUCCGUAAGGAAAAAUGUAAUAAUGAAAAAAAAACGAAAGUAAAAUAUUUUUACUGCUGGCAGCACAGUUCAGAGAACUGUCAUUCAAGAACUGUCAAAAGACUGUCAUUCAGUUUAGUGCAUGUUUUUCUGGGAACGGCUGGAGAAAUGUCCGAUUCUGCCGGUGAUAAUUCAAAACCACGAGUGGUUGUUCUUGGAGGGUGCGGUUUCAUAGGGCGAAACCUGGUCGAUUACCUCGUCUCUAAUGACCUGGUGUGCAAUGUACGCGUAGUGGAUAAAACACCGCCGCAGCUAGCCUUCUUGAAUCCGGCACACACGAAAGUUUUUGAAGACCCCCGCGUUGAGUACAAGAGCGCCAAUCUUAUUAAUCCAACAUCAUGCGCGUCUGCCUUGGAGGCUGGCGAUGCCGGCCCUUGGGAUCUGGUAGUGAACUGCGCUGGGGAGACGCGCGUGGGACAAACGGAAGCAGUAUACGCGGAAGGCAUCGUCACGCUCAGCACAAAUGUGGCCAAACGAUGCGCCGCGCUUGGGGUCAAGCGUCUAGUGGAGAUCUCCAGCGGACACAUGUUCAGCAGCGAUAAGCCCCAUAAAGAGGAUGACCCCAUAGAGCCAUGGACGGUGGAGGCUCGCAUGAAGAGCAAGGUGGAGCAGGAGCUGAAGAGUCUGGAGCCCGAGCUGAACUACACCAUCCUCAGGCCGGCCAUAGUCUACGGAAUCGGAGAUAGGAGAAGCUUGACACCGCGUCUCCUCUACGGCGGCAUAUACAAGCAUCUAGGCGAGACCAUGAAACUUCUAUGGACGGCAGAUUUAAAGAUGAACACUGUCCACGUUAGAGACGUUUGUCGCGCAAUAUGGACGCUGGGCAGUCGGCCUUCUUUGCCCAAUAAAGUGUACAAUGUGGUUGACGAAGCCGAUUCUACUCAAGGCAGUCUGGCACAACUGGUGUCCGAGAUAUUUAACAUCAAUCAUGAUUACUAUGGGACGGCUAUUUCGACGCUGGCUAAGAACGACAUAGCAUCAGUGGCGGAAGAAGCGAACGACAAGCAUUUAACCGCUUGGGCUGACAUUUGUCGCCGCUACAACCUCGCCCACACUCCUCUAGAGCCCAGCGCUGGGGCCGAGUUAUUACUCAAUAAACGACUCUGUCUCGACGGCACAAGACUCAGGGACUCGCUGCCUUUAGACGUGCCCAGACCUACUGUACAAUUGCUGCGAGAGGUGCUGGAAGACUACGCUUCAAUGAAUCUCUUCCCUAAAGAACUGCUGCUAUGA